UUAUGCUUGUAGGCUUUUUCAGUUGCAAACACGUUGAAAAGGGUGGCGAGGAUUUGUAACUGUAUCUUAUGACAAGAUUUUAAGUUAUUUUCUUAUCAGCUCUAGUUCUAAAAGCGUUCACCGACUUAAUAUUUUAUUGGGCAUUUUUAGGUGAGGAUGUAUUCGGUAUAAUGGUUGACAUAGCAGGGAAAUCUAUUACUGGUGCUGUUUGUUUUUUCAGAGAGAACGGAUCGUCACCGUCGUCGGGAAGAGAUGAGGUCCACUGGAGUGAGUCAAGUCGUGCUAGUUGUCCGACAACAUCUGAUUUGACCGGGUUUCGCUUUCUCUGUUUCUUCUUUGGCGGUAGAGUGGUCAUCUUUUCCGGUAGGGUUUUGACUAAUACGGCGGUGAUGAGCGGUUGGAGGCUGCAAGAUUACUUCAUGUAUUUGCUUGCUUGUUGGGGUUUAGGCUACCAGUUAAUAAUGUACAAUCCGGAUGCUGCUAUGGAGGUUGGCGGGGGUGGGAGGAGGAGAAGGGUGGAGGAGAAGGUGCUAGGGUUUUUAUGGGAAAAGUUCUAUGUGUUUUCAAAAUGUGGAGGAAAAGAGAGUCUGACCCAAGAAGAUAUUGAUCCAUGUCUGCACCAGAAAGAGGUCACACAGACCUUUUUUAAUGAAAGGUUUUGAG